UCUGUCGGAGAGGACGCACGUCGGUCUCGCAUCCCUCCGUUCACUCGUCCCGCGGAUUUCGAAAAAGAAUAACAGUUUCAAAACAUGUUCAGUGAGAGUGAUAAUGUUGACACGUGAUCACUGGAAUGGUUGCUGUUCUAGCGGAAAAUUUUGAAGGUUCUAGCGACGAUUCUAAUAAAGAUUAAACGAAAAUGGAGCGGCGGAUCGCGGGGAUAAUCUACAUCCUGAUCACUUUUGCUCUCGUUAACGAAAUGUCAAUUAACGUCCAAGCAAAAGACAACAACAAACGGAAACCCAAAGAGAAAAGUGGCGGGUUCCAGAAGAAUAUUUGUGACGUCAGCGACCGCGACUCAAAGGUCCACUGCUAUUGCGAAAACACCAGAGAGCCGAGGAAUGCAACAAAAGCGGAAUGCUGGGUAUUCAAUGGCGGCAUACCGCGGGACGAUCUCAUCUGGCAAAGUUUCGCUUCGCAACCAACUUUGCAAACUUUGUCUUUUAAUGUCCGCGUCGAUGGCGCUUUAGGGUACGUCCCGACAAAAGCGCUGCACUUUCUGAAAAACCUCAAGUCAAUCAACAUCCGAUACGGCAAUAUUAUAGACGUAACACCCUACGCUUUCGCCAACCUCACAAAUCUAACAGACGUCACGAUUUCCCAAAACCAAAUAGAAAAUCUCCACCAGUACGCGUUCGCUCAUCUCCCAAACAUAACAUUAAUAAAUCUGGAAGACAACAUGAUCUUGGAAAUCGGCACAGAAGCGUUUUACGAUUUGCCGAAGUUGCACAAACUUGUCUUCACCAAGAAUAACAUAUCGUCGAUCAGAGACGGAGCGUUCUUGCACACGUUCAAUCUAUUGGAAUUGGACUUGAAUAAAAACAACAUAAUCCAUUUGAGACGUCGCACGUUUGAUGGAUUGGCCAACUUGCGGAAAUUGGAUCUACGGAGGAACCGCAUUUACAAUUUGACCGAAUACACGUUCGCUGAACUGUGGAAUUUGCAAGAGUUGUUGCUGGGGAAGAACGAUCUGAAGUACAUUUCGGAAAGGGCCUUCGACGGGCUGUCUCAGCUCCGCAAGCUGUCUCUAGACGACAAUAAACUGAGUGCACUACCCGCCAGCCUUUUCGAAGGGGUGAGGGGACUCAACUCCCUCGACCUACGUUCCAACGAACUACACGCAUUAACUUUUGACAAUAUCAAACCCAUAUUGGACAACUUGAAGCCGCAGAACAGCAAUUUGCUACUCGAAGAGAACAACUUCGUGUGCGACUGCCGGUUGAAAUGGAUGCACUCGCUUCGGAACGAGACUAAAAGCCAAAACACGAAGGCGUCGCUCGACGGCGUCACAUGCAAAAUGGAUCCGCCCAUAGUGAGCUCCGCAUACAACAAGAUGCCCGACGUGAUAGAAAAUAAAAUAGAUUACAAUCAAGACAUCCUGCACGCGGGGAUAACGAUCGAGACGUUAAACGAGAAAAUGAACGUGACUGAGAAGAAAAUGAUACCAGAAGAGCUGAAUAAAGAUCAGAGCUUAGCUAAGAAGCCGGUCAAGAGAGUCGUUUUGAAAAUACCCCCAGAAAACCUACCGUGCCCGAGAGACACCAAGACAACAACUGAGACACCACCCUUUAUAGUGGAUCCAGUGAUUCCAAUCCAAAACGAAAUGAAAAUAUUUAGGUUUCAUGAACCAAACACAGCGUACAGACUGUCGUACAAAUCCACCAUUGUGUUAUGGAUUGGGUGUUUUGCCUUUUUCUUUACUUAAAUAUUGUAAGUCAAUUAGGUUAUUCUAGUCACUAGUUAAGUGUAAGCGAGAUACAGACUAAGUCCUUUUAAGUCACAGUUAUUGUAUGGGAUUAAUUAUUGAGCACUAAACAUUUAUUAAAACAAUAAUGUGAUUGUAUUCACCAUUAUACUUAAAUGUUGUAAAUUACCGGAUUUAAUGUUAAGUAGUUGUAAAUGUAAAUUGGAUUUGUUUCAUUCGAUCUUGAAUCAUGCAUCGACCUUGUAAUGUUUUUGAUAGCGGCAUGAGUAUCGGUGUUUUCUUUUAAUAAU